AUGCUUUGGGCUUUUUCUACAGAGAAGGGCGAGCAGGAGGAGGAGUUUGAGACCUGGCUGGAGAAAAAGAAGGAAGCGGAAGAGAAGGAAAGGGAGGAGAAACAGAAGCAGCAGGCCAAGCUAAACACCCCCGAGGGCGGAUUGCAGCGACGGAAGAACAAAAGCGAUUCCUCAAGCAGCAGCAGCAGCAGCAGCAGUGUGAUGGAGCUGGAUGAGGAGGAUGCAGCAAUUGUACAGGAGACGAAAAAAAUGGGAUAUUGCUACUUCCGCCGCGAUUUAACGGAAGAAGAGAAGAGACUUAACGCUCAGAACAAACCAACCAAAAUAGCUUCUCCAACGCCUUCCCCUCAGUCAGCUGGAGCAGCCGGCGGCGAGCCUGAAAAGUCUCCAGAAGGAAAGAGCAUUUCGCAGUGGAACGCAAAGGGGACCACCUACGAAGAGAAGGACGUUAGUCCGUGGGCACGAACACGAUUUGCAGAAAGACUUCAGGAGGCAUCUGCUGAAUGCGGUGGUUCGAGCAUUGCGUCUCCCGAGGCACUUAUUGAGGUUUGUCGGAAGGCUACAGAGGCGAUCAAGGACGGCGGGCUGAAGGACGAGACAGCGAUGAAGGAACUUUUCAAGGGGUGUCUCUCUACAAAAGUCGAGACGACUUCAGUGGGGGAAGUCUCCGGCGAUGCGCACUUGGCAGUUGUAAGGGGCAGCAGAAGAGUUUUCUUUGACAUGAAAUGCAGCGUGAAAUUCAACAUCAGCUGCAGCAGUGGGGGCGCACUAGGGCUGCCACCAGAGAGCAGCGCCUUGAGCGAGUCACUAGGCAGCUACGAGUCAAAGGGGACUUUGACUUUGCCCGAUGUUAGCAGUGCGGACGGUAGUGGCAUGUCUUGGCUACAGGGCAGUUCCGUGUCUUUGAACAAAGCCCCUUCACCCCUAUUCAAGCCGGUGGUUGAUGAGGCAUUGCAGAAGUACAAGGAAUCUAUCGCCGAGAAGAUCCAAGCAUUCCUUGACGACUGCAAAGCGCUGCCGUGA